AUGCGCCGCUCUCUGCUUUGUAUUAAUGCGCCAGAGGGGCGGAGGCGGUGUGAAGGCUCCAUGCUGUCUUGUCACAACACAAACAACAACAACAAUGACGAAAGGACGCAUCAGAUGAAUAAGGGGAAGUGUAAUGACACCAUCGGACAUGUUGACUGGAAGGCAUCGAAUCGAGGCAUUGGGGAUUUUCUUCCAAAGCCAUGGUGGCGCCGUCGUCCAUCUGUGCACGCCAAACGUGCAGCAACUAGCAGCACCACCUCUUCCCCCGCUUCAUCGGUUGGUGUUCACCUGUUUUCAACCUUUUUUGUCACACCAAGGGAGUUGACAGUCACACUACGCAGGUGGGAGAAGUCACUCGAGCAGCGGCAGCGACGUCGGAGGCGGCGGCAGGGUCUACGACGUGGGGAAAAUAACUAUGGUUCUCAUGGUAAACGUUCUGGCAGGGAAGUAGGAAAUUCUACUACCAAUUCUGCAUCGGGCAUCUCUUGUUUUGGAAAAAUGCCACUGGAGACGUUGCAGGGACCAACUGCAGAAGAGAACACAGAGGAGCUUUCAUCGAUGUUGACUACGGCCCGUUUAUUCUACACGUCGGCGCAACGAUCUGCCGCAGCAUGUGUUGAUGUCAGGGCCAGGGGUCGUGCACUCGUCAGGGAGUGCCAUGGCCUCAAAACGUGGGUCUGUCCCAUACUUCUUCACACCGCAUCCUGUGGGCGUCACGCACAGUGCAAGGCCCCUAAUUCGGGGUGA